CAGUGUACAGUUUCAGCAAAUAGCUAGUUGUUGUAAUUUUUUCUUGGUUUUGCAAGUCUAACAGAUCAAUUCAUUUUGAUAUUUUGUGAACUUAUCUUUUGGUUAACCAAUUUUCUUUCCUUUAUCUUGAAUAUGAUGGGAUCUUCGCUAGACAGAGGUAACAGAUGGGGCAGUUGUGUAGCUGGACCUUCAUGUGGCGGUGUUUGUUGUUUUUUGUUUCAUAAUACUGUUGCUAAAUUAAGCUUGCAUUGUUUCUGCUUCUGUGCUUGCAUGAUCAGAUAUGGAUUAACCUCAACUGUAUUUAAUGUUUUUAUAUUAAUUUUCUUUCCCGCUGUAUGUGCGUGUGCGUGCGUGUGUAUUUUCUAAAUGGCUCACCACUAUGAAAUUCAAUAUCCAGCCUCUAACACAGUUCUAUGGAUCCUUUUCAGUCUUUAAAGCUUCAGUGGAUCAGUUACCCAAUGGCUUUCAGCUUAGAAGUGAGAUCGGCUGAUAAAAUACAUGUAGUGUGCUUUUCUAAUCAAAACAUUUCCCGUUAUCUUAAAAGUUGCAUGCAUUCAUGCAGGAAUUUUGACUCUAGUAGUUGUCUUUACCAAACAAAUGCUUGGGUUAUACUAACAUUUUAUCAGGUAACUAAAUUUUUGGGAAACUAUCAUCACGUCAGAUAUUAAAACCAAACUGCUUUAAGCUAUUGUUAAACUAGACAACUAUAAUAGAAAUAAAAUACUUGGGGAUAAAACUCAUUGUGGCUGUCAUUUUAAUUCUGCUGUAAAGAGCCUAGAAUAUAUAGUACCAUUAUUAGCUAGGGAAUUUGGACAACACUAAACAAAAAGCACAUCAUAUGUUGUUUCUAUCUCUGUACUAGACUAAAGAUGCUAAGUUUAUUGGCCAGUUCCAUUUUGUGCUUUACUUGAAACAAAAAACGCUAUUUCUGAUAGAUUUGAAGUCUGGAAAAGGUCCACUGAAUUUGAAUGGUAAUAGGAGGGAUAUGUUCAUUAAAAAAAGCUUGUUGUUGGCAAUGAUAUAAAUGAUACAGAUCCUCUUGGUUAAGUGUUUAAUUGAUUCUUCUUUUUUUUUCUUUCUUUGGGGUGUGUGGCUUGGAUCUGUAAAAUAGAAGUUAUCUCAAGAACGAGAGAAGUUUGCUGAUGAAGACAGUAUAUUUUAUACACUUGGAGAAUGUGGACUCAUCUCUUUCUCUGACUAUAUCUUCCUCACUACAGUUCUCUCCACUCCCCAGAGGAAUUUUGAAAUUGCCUUCAAGAUGUUUGAUUUGAAUGGUGAUGGUGAAGUGGACAUGGAGGAGUUUGAACAGGUCCAGAGCAUUAUUCGCUCCCAAACCAGCAUGGGCAUGCGUCACAGAGAUCGUUCUACUACAGGAAAUACUCUAAAGACUGGCUUCAACUCUGCCCUGACGACAUACUUUUUUGGAUCAGAUCUGAAAGGAAAGCUGACAAUCUCAAACUUCUUAGAGUUCCAGCGCAAACUUCAGCAUGAUGUUCUAAAGCUUGAGUUUGAAAGGCAUGAUCCUGUGAAUAGGCGGAUCACUGAGCGCCAGUUUGGUGGCAUGCUGCUGGCCUAUAGUGGAGUGCAGUCAAAGAAGCUCACUCUCAUGCUGAAGCAACUCAGAAAACAUUUUCAAGAAGGAGAGGGGCUGACGUUUGAGGAGGUGGAAAGCUUUUUUACUUUUCUGAAGAAUAUAAAUGAUGUGGACACAGCUUUGAGCUUUUACCACAUGGCUGGAGCUUCUCUUGAUAAAGUUACCAUGCAGCAGGUAGCGAGGACAGUGGCAAAAGUGGAGCUCUCAGACCAUGUGUGUGAUGUGGUGUUUGCUCUUUUUGAUUGUGACGGGAAUGGAGAGUUGAGUAACAAGGAGUUUGUUGCCAUUAUGAAGCAGCGACUUAUGAGAGGUUUGGAGAAGCCCAAAGACAUGGGAUUUACACGACUCAUGAGGGCAAUGUGGAAAUGCGCACAGGAGACAGCUUGGGACUUCGCUAUGCCCAAACAAUAACUGCAGCAAAUGGAAGAACCUGGUUUACAACAUGUUAUUGGGGCCAUAAAUCUAUCUGUACUGCUCCUGUAAAACAUGCCAUUGUCAAUGCUCUGCAGAUGAACACUCCUCACACAGAAAUCUACUGAAUGAUAACAGACCCAUUGCUACAUUGAAUUAGAAAAAAACCACCCAAAAGACACAGACUGUUAACAACUGGAGUUUUUCCAAACACCAGAACAGAAAUUGGAGCCUAUUGUAUAUUCUACUUUAAUUUUUCCACUGCUGAUGCCUCUUUAAUAUUAAUCUCUCAGGAAAAUUACAAGAAUAAUUAGUUCUGUGUAUUGAAGCCACCAGUUUCAUCUCCAUGGUAUGCUCCAGUGUCCAGCAAAACCAAGAUUUUAUGCAGAAUUGAAUAUGGAUAGCUUCAGACAACAAUCUUGGUCGGAACAGUCCUAUAUGUGUCGAACAGUGGGACAGAAAUGCCUAGCAAAUCUACUAGUAGCAAAUCCUAGUCUUUUGCUCCUGAAUUAUUUUUAGUUUAGAUUUUAAGCAUUAUUUACAAAAAAAAAGUGUGUUUAGAAUGAGUUUUUGAAAGAGAGCUGGGUUUAUAGAAAACAAUAUCAAGCUUUGUUUAUUACAGAAGCUGUCCAUAAGAUUAAGGGCACAGGGGUAUCUUGCAAGCUUGGUGUGAAAUAGGGAUAUGCCUGGUCAACCAGGGGGCUGUCUGAGGUUUAGUUACUGCCUUGGAUAUAAGGAGUUUAAAAUGGCUUAAUUUUUUUCCCACCUUUUUCCUCCCUCAGAAGAACCCUGCCUUGCAUAAGCAACCUAAUGUAUAUGCUCUUUGUAAUUCUCUUUUUAAUAAGGGGCUCCUCCCCCAUGAGACUGUCCUUCUAUAUGGGGUAUUGGCUUUAAGGCUGCUUUUUACUGUAUGCUUGAACACUGUAAAAUAUUACUUUAAUUACACUGGUUCACAACAAAAGCAAAUGCUCAUCUUUCAUCUGUGUUUAUGGGAAGCCUCGUGACUUUAAGUCACAUCUGACUUUUUUGGCAGCAAGUCAACAAAAAUCUGAAUCUCUCUCUGCUGAAAAUGAACUCCUACUAAAUGUAAAAGGAGAAAACAUACAGCAUCAGUUUUAGAGAAGGCUGGAGGAUGGAAUUCUGUGCAUCGUCCGUUCUCACUCACUGGUAAAUGUGCUGCUUGUUUUGUAAGGAUCUGUCGACUGAGGUUUUAUGUGGCCAGUGUUCGGCAAAAAAUCUGAUAACAGUGUACCCUAAAGUACAUUGAUUAGAAAGCUACCUUCCCCCUUUCACCUCCACACUUCAACUCUAAGUCUGACAUUGUUAAAUAUUUAGCCUUCCCUGGCUAAUCUAAUAACUUGUCUAUGUAUGGCAUCAAGUAUGCAUCCAGAUUGGAAAUAGCAUUAUUUAACCCCAUGAAAAUCAAGACAGAAAUGGAUUGUCCCAUCAGGUUUGGGCACCAGUACAACAAGGCUACACCAAUCACUUUGAGACACCUUUGUGAUACCUACUUUGAGCAUCUCUCAAACUUCCCAUGCAAUUGCUUCCUGCAUUUUUUUCUGGGUUGGUACAAGUAUGAUGAGAAAUAGUUUUUCCUGAGGCUGAUGAAAAUCCAUCUUAAAAACAUAUUAGUUCCUGGGCUUGUUAUUCUGUUAAGCUUUCAGAAGAAACCAUUUCAUCCAGUGCCAAAGGCCCUAGAACCUCAGGACCUAGAUUUAGCAUCUUGUCUGGAUUGACAAGGAAACUUUCCCACUCCCACCACGUUUCAACAGGUUCACAUGAAAGAUGUUUUUUCCUUUUAUUUUGUUGAAUUAGUCUUGGGUGCAAAUAAUUUUAGCAAUUUAGCAUGUACAAGUCCAAGUGUUGUCAGAUAAAAAGAUAUAGCUUCUCUCUA